AUGUCUCCAUGCAGUGACAUGCUAACAUCCAGCUAUCAACCAGCCUGUGCGUUUCCCAUAAUAGCACGACGGUUCCCUAAACUACCUAUCCCGCGCCGUUUCCUCUUUUUGUCCCGCCAUUUCGGCACAGGCGUGCUUAUAGCCACUGCCUUCGUACACCUGCUGCCAACGGCGUUUAUAUCCCUGACGAGCCCAUGUCUGCCGCGGUUCUGGAAUAAGGGUUAUCCUGCCUUUGCCGGGCUCGUAGCCAUGGUUGCGGUGCUAAUGGUCGUUUGCAUUGAAAUGUUCUUUGCCAUGAAGGGGGCUGGACAUGUUCAUGGAUCGGAGUACGAUACGCUAAUAGGUGAUGGUCAUGGCCAUGGACACGGGCACAAUCACGGCCACGCACACGAGAACGGCUCAUCUGUACGAAUGAGCAAAGUACGACGCAAUCCACCGGCUCGGAUAGUCAUUAGCAACUCGACGGAGAAUUUGGUCGAUGGAGCAAGUCCGCUUAUGCAGAAUGGCCAUGCAAGAGGUCAAGAUGGUCGAGACGCAGGUGCAGACCAUCCAAGCGACGAUGAAGAUCUGGAUCUCGACCUUGAAGAACUCGAUCCGCAGCCGGAAGAUAACGAGUCGGAAUACGUACGCCCUACACAUCACGGCCAUCAUCACCACCACCAUAGCCACGACAGCCAUAUGAGCGAGCAAAGUGCUCAAAAGCAACUCCUUCAAUGCCUGCUUCUCGAAGCCGGUAUACUUUUCCACAGCAUAUUCAUCGGUAUGGCUCUCUCCGUAGCCACGGGUGCAAACUUCCUUGUUCUUCUGGUCGCUAUAUCCUUCCACCAGACAUUUGAAGGCUUUGCUCUCGGCGCACGCAUAGCAGCUCUCAUACCGGCGCUGUUCCCUGCCUCGUCACCUAGACCGUGGCUCAUGGCUCUUGCAUACGGGACAACUACGCCUAUAGGUCAGGCUAUUGGACUCGGUGUACAUAAUCUAUAUGACCCAGCGAGCACUACGGGUCUGCUCAUGGUUGGACUAACGAACGCAUUUAGUAGUGGUCUUUUACUAUUUGCUGGGCUGGUGGAGCUCCUUGCUGAGGACUUCUUGAGUGAUAGAAGCUAUGAGGUUCUACAAGGACGGAAUCGGCUUGAGGCCGGUAUUGCUGUUGCUGCUGGUGCGUCGUUGAUGGCCUUGGUAGGAGCCUUUGCGUAG